UUAGGUUGUUGCUGACAGUGAAAGACUUCCUCUCAAAGCUGUUUAAAUGAGAAUGUCCCUGGCGCAAAGAGUACUACUGACAUGGCUUUUUACAUUACUCUUCCUGAUCAUGCUGGUGCUGAAGUUGGAUGAGAAAGCACCGUGGAACUGGUUCCUCAUUUUUAUUCCAGUCUGGAUAUUUGAUACUAUCCUUCUAGUUAUGCUAAUUGUGAAAAUGGCUGGACGUUGCAAGUCUGGCUUCGACCCUCGCAACGGCUCCCAAAACAUCAAGAAAAAAGCCUGGUAUCUCAUUGCAAUGCUACUUAAAUUAGCCUUCUGCCUUGCCCUCUGUGCUAAACUGCAACGAUUUACUACGAUGAAACUAGCCUAUGUAUUUAUCCCUUUGUGGGCCUUGCUUAUUGGGGGUAUGGUUGAACUGGGAUAUAAUAUCUUCUAUGUACGAAGAGACUAAGCUAUCAUAUGUGGCUUUCAGCACUGAGAUUGGUACCAAAUUACUGGAUUAUUAUAGUUUUGCCACAAACUUGUUCUCCAAAUUAAAAUGCCAAAUAAGAAAUCAAUCAAGGUGGAGACUCUAUCUAAUACCAGGCUGAAGACUGAAAGUAGACUUGUUCCACUCUUUUAUUUUAAAACUGUCACAUAUGUUCUUGUAAAUAAAAGUAUUUGUUCA